UCUCUCUCUCUCUCUCUCUCUCUCUCUCUCAUUUCUCCCCACUAAGAGACAACAAGAGGAAAAACCCUAGAAAUUAAAACCAAAACCAAGGAGAUAGAAGAAGUGGAAGACCAGACCCUCUUCUCCAGCCUCAUCACCAACACCAGCCAUGGACUUGGUUUCUUCAGCUCCAGCCACCAAUCCCAGCAUCGCCUCUACCUUAGCCAUUGGUACAGGGACACAGGGUACUAACGGUACUGUUCCUCCUAGCCGGUAUGAGAACCAGAAGAGGAGAGACUGGAACACCUUCUGCCAGUACCUCCGGAACCACCGCCCUCCUUUGACCCUCCCCAUGUGUAGCGGCGCUCACGUGCUGGAGUUCCUCCGCUACUUGGAUCAGUUCGGCAAGACCAAGAUCCACAACCACAACUGCCCUUACUUUGGGGUCCCAAACCCACCAGCGCCUUGCCCCUGCCCGCUUCGGCAAGCAUGGGGCAGCUUGGAUGCCCUCAUUGGGCGCCUCCGGGCAGCCUAUGAGGAGCAUGGAGGCCGGCCUGAGGCUAACCCUUUUGGGGCAAGAGCAGUGAGGCUGUACCUCCGCGAGGUUCGUGAUUUCCAGUCAAAGGCCAGAGGAGUGAGCUAUGACAAGAAGAGGAAGAGGCCCAAGCCAAAGCCAACACCAACACCAACAACUAGUACUACUAGUGGUACUAGUACCAGCUCCUCUGCAACUCUACCAUAAAUGGGUAUAUUUCUCCUUGAUCUCUAUUUCCUUUUGUGGAAACGGUUGUUAUGAUUGAUAAUUUUGUUCCUGAUGUUCUUGAAAAUCCUAGGUUUUUGGGGAUUGAGGGCUUGACUUGGCCCUAAUUAGGAUCUGGGGGGUAACUCUGAAUUUACUAUUUCAAUUUCUAGCAAGUAGUUGGUAGUAGUACCUAGGAAAGGUUAAUUAGCUAGUAUAAGCUGAAUUUGAUAUGAUGAUGAAUGUACCGGAAGCUCGAUUAAUAUCAGAUAUUUUAAUUAAUUAGUGGUUUCUAGUUUAUUUGCCUAAUUUCUAUGUUAAAUGUUGAAUCAAUCACCUUCCCUCCAUACACUCAUAUAUGCAUCUGGUUAACAAGUCACUAUCAGAGAUUAAUUGAUGAUUAUGUACGAGUGUAUGACAUGAUUUGCUGAUAUUAAUCCAAUCCAUCACUGAACAUAGAAUUAGAAAGAGCAUUAUUCAAUAAAAUGUUCAUUCCAAUUUGUAUUCCCCAUUGGGGAAAAGUAAAUUAUGAGGAUCAUAUUCAUGUAUGACAGAUAAUUAGAGAAUUGGAAAGCUCAUGGAGAUUCUAUAUAGUCAAAUCUGGUUAGGUAUCAAUUUCAACAUAAUCUUAUUAGAUCUAUAAUUAGGCAAAAAGACAAACCUUAGAUAGUUAGAUUAUCUUGCUGUUAUUGAUUCUGGCUUGAAGACAAGUACUUAAUUAAAUAGACAAACUGUUCCAUCAAGGAAAUAAAAGAUUGAAAUUGUGGAGAUUUUGAGACUUUAUAUCUAAUCCACCUUUUCAAAGUAAAUCUUGUAUGGAUGGUAUUGGACAGCCCUUUUUGGACUAUAUCUGAUUGAAUGUUUCCCUUCAAGGAUUUAUGAUUAGAUUAUUUCAAGGUUCAAAACCAGAAGUGGAAAAAAACCAGAAGUGGAAAGUUUUGCAUGUUAUUUUCUGUGUGCUUGUGUAUAUUCUAAGUUAAACUACCUCUAAAUUAUUUGUGCUACUGUGCUAGAGAUUCUCUU